UCAGCAUUGGCUUUAUUUUCCGGACCCGGAGACUGCAUCCAUCAAUUUAUUUUCCCAGCUGCCUGUUGCACACAAUCCGACACAAACACACCGUCUUGGGGCCGUAGCGGGUCAACUCGCAGUGGCGAGAUUUCCGACAGUGGUCGACGGCCCUGAAGUCUCGAUGCACUUCCCAUGACCAUAUUUGGGCGGGCGUCUGUGGCGCGCGAGCCCCACACCGACUGGUGGCGGGGGGGGGGAGAAAGAAGAGAAGAAAAAGAUCGUUUGUCUGUUUGUCUUUCACCAGAGGGGGAAAGAACAUCCAAACGCAGUGAGUCACAAAAGUUUUUGUGCGCCUCACGUUCCGAGAAGAACAACUGCUUCCUGCUGGCGCGAGCGACGCCGCACAUUCCCGGAGAGUCAGUGGCACGCGCAGCGGCGGCAGCGACCAGCCUCCACACCGGGGACCUGCUCCUGACACUCAGGAAUCUUCUAAAGUUCUGCUGUUGCCCAGUGAGACAUCAUGACAACGCUGCUGGACCUGAAGAGCAGCGUGCUGCGGCAGGUGCAGAGGAGCCAGUCGCUGAGGGGCCGGAGGGAGCCGCCGCCGCCGCCCAGCCCCGGCAGCCCCCUCACGCACUGUCCCGGACCCUUGGCUCGCGGGGUUUCCGAGGAGAGCGCAGAGUUCUUUGAGCGUAUGAAUGCUGUCCUUCAGAAACAGGAGAACAUGCUGCGGGCUGCCCAGGCUGAGUGCCAGAGAGUGGCCUGCACAGUGCCGCCGCCCCAAGAGCAUGUGGACCAGGCCUUCAUCCCCGACAGAAUCAGCAGGACAGAGCUGGACCUGCUGUAUGAGGAAGCUGUGUACACGGUGGUCAACAGGGUCGGCGUGCCUCCGCCGGAACAUGUGAAGAGUGACGAAGAGCUGUUUGCCUACCUGCUGAAGGUGUUUGAUAUGGGCGAAGAAGAACACGACAUCAUUCUCCAGAAAGUCCAAGAAUCCAAGCGAGCCAGUUUUUCCUUGAGAGUUUCUGUCAUGAAAGCAAAGAAUCUGAUGGCCAAGGACGCGAAUGGGUACAGCGACCCCUACUGCAUGCUGGGAAUCCUGGUGGGCCAGAGCCCCCGGGAGGUGGAGGAGAGGAAGGAGAGAAAGUUCAGCUUCAGGAAGAGGAAGGAGAAGCUGGAGAAACGCUCCAGCACCAAGGAGGUGCUGCCCGCCAGGUGCAUCCACGUGACCGAGGUCAAACCGGAGACCCUCAAUCCGGUGUGGGACGAGCACUUUGUGUUUGAAAUAGAUGAUGCCCACAAUGACCUCUUACAUUUGGACAUAUGGGAUCACGACGAUGACGUGUCUGUUGCUGAGGCCUGCAAGAAGCUCAAUGAAGUCAGUGGACUUCGAGGAAUGGGCAGGUAUUUCAAGCAGAUUGCGAAGUCCGUGCGCGCCAACGGCUCUGCAUCGGCGGUCUCCGAGGAGAACGCCGACGACUUCCUCGGCUGCAUCAACAUCCCUCUGAAUGAGAUUCCGGUCGUCGGCUACGACACCUGGUUCAAGCUGGAGCCUCGGUCGAGCGCGUCCAAAGUUCAGGGAGAAUGUCACCUGCUGCUGAAGCUUUUCACCAGCCAGAGGGACACCACUUUGUCUCAGAGGGACUCGAACGUCUCCGUUCACAAGAAACUGCUGAGUCAGAUUGUGGAGUACGAGCACGCCCACGUUAAGAGGGAGCCGUACAACUGGAACGGACAGGUUUGUCCUCCAGCGUGGACUGUGCUCACUCACCAUGCUGUGCAGACGGAUCUCUCACCUCUCCAACAGGCCAUCAUUCGCUGGCAGUGCUACAGCAGCCACCAUCGCACCCAGAGGGUGUGCUACUCCCUGCUGCUGCGCCUCCUGAGGACCAUCGAUGCAGAGUGGGACCCUCCCGCCGUGAGGGGCGACCUGGAGAGGCAGCUGUCAGACAGCUUCCGGCUGUACACGGAGCACUGCCUGAGCCUGAUGAAGAACAUGCGUCAGGUUUUCCCGUGCACCAGCGCCGCGGCCAUUACCCGCUACGAGCUCAUGCUGAGGGGGAUUGGCUACAUGCAAAACAUGCGGGCGUUCAAGACCGUGUGUCCUCUUCGAAAUGAACUGCAUUUGGACAUCACUACUGCUGUCAAGAAAGGAACUGCCGAGUGGUAUGAGAGCUUAAUUGCACGUCAUAGGCCAGAGGAUGGGACUCUGGAAGAGCAGCUGAAGAAGCUGGUUCAAGUGGUGGACGCUGUGUGUGCAGACAUACAGAGGGCCCAGAAAAUCUACAACAAACUCUUCUACAGUGCUGUGAAGGUAGAUUUCUUCAGCAUAUCAUACAGGCAGCUGGAGAAACAGGCAGCUGACGAUGUGAACGUAGCAAUGGAGCGGGUGUGUGGGACCCUGGAGCAGGAGAGCUCCAGACUGACUCAAACAAUGGGAGAGACCAUCUUUGAGCUCUUCAUGUCCUUGAAAGUCCUCAAAGGCUACCGGGAGUUCCUCCCACUCAAGGAUGCUAAAAUGUUGGCCUUGACGGGCUUUCACAACUGGUUCAAGUCGUCCAUUCACAAGUGGCUGCAGAUCGUUCACGACAGAUCCUGCGACAGGAUGCGGAGAGCAGUGGACACAGAUCAGCUGGAGCCCGUGCAGCAGGCCAAACACAGCUCGUCGGCCGUGGAAGUGACGACGUGCUUCGGUCAGGUACGCGAAAUCUGGCUGCAGCUGGCCUGGCCGGACUCCGCGGGGGCCUUCAUCUUUGUCACCCGUUUGACGGACAAUUUCUGCAGUGAGGCUGUGUGCUACUCGGAGAUGAUGACACGCAAGAUUGAGAGGAACCAGCUGGGCCGAGACCACAAGAGCUUCACGGUGCAGCUCUGCAUCGCGCUGAACAACACGGAGCACGUGCGCGUCUUCCUCGGUCGCCUGCCCCACGACUUGGACUGGCAAGGCGUGGAGCGGGCCAUGGAGGAGUCGUGCGGGGCGGAGGGGAAGGAGCAGGUCUACAAGGCCCUCAACGGGCAGCUGGUCAACGUGGACCUGGACCUGCAGAGGGAGGCCAAGCGCCUCAUCACGCUGCUCACCGACAAGAUGCUGCCCGAGCUGCGGAGAUACAUCCAGCACAUCAGCCUGUCGCCAGACUCCAUCAACAAUGACGAGGCCGUGUCCCCUCUCAUGAAGUACAUACAAGACACCGUCUCCAUUCUCACUGAAAACCUUGUAAAGGAGAACCUUACUAGAGCCCUGCAGAGCACGUGGGAGCUGCUCCUGCGAAUGAUCCUGGACGCGGUCACGGAAAACAGAGGCGUCCAGGUGGAGUUUUACAACCGCUUCCAGUACACAGUGGAGACCGUGAUGCAGUUCUUCCACGCCAAGGGACAGGGUCUUCCCCUGGAAGACAUGAAGAGCGGAGACUGCAAGGUCCUGGACGAGGAGCUCCGGCUGAACAAAUGUUCCUCCUUUGAGCUGAUUGAGCAGUACUAUCUGGAGAAGAUUUCCCACCAGAAAACGCUCAAACACACCCGCUACGGUCGGAUCAGUGUGAAGUGCUACUACGACGCCCCGGAGCAGAGGCUGACGGUGGAGAUCCUGCACGCUGCAGAUAUCAUCGCGCUGGACGCCAACGGUCUGAGUGACCCGUUCGUCAUAGUGGAGCUGUGUCCUCACCACCUCUUCCCCGUGGCCAAGAGUCAGCGUACGCAGGUGAAGCUCAAGACUCUGCACCCGGUGUUUGACGAGCUCUUCUACUUCCACGUCAGCCCCGAGCAGUACCGACACAGGUUCGCCUGUUUGACCUUCACUGUGAUGGACUACGACUGGCUCUCCACCAACGACUUCGCCGGCGAAGCCACGGCCCCUCUCAGCGACUUCUGCUGGCCGGGGAGACCGAACGCCUCCGCAGCCGGCAAGAGCGUCCAGCCGGCCAUUUUGCACCUGUCUCGCAGUAAACCCAGCGAGAAGCCAAUCAUGAGGAUGCUGGAGGCUCGCGUCGGAGACAGGGAGGCUCAGGAGUUUGUCCGCCGGCUGAAGGAGAUUGAGAAGUCGAUGGAGGAGGAGUAGACGCCUGAGGCGACCGCCUGCGCCGCUGUUUUCUUACCUCGUCUUGCAACCUGUGCUUUUGUACUGGUACGAUGUUUACAAUAUUUGAAUUUUCUUCUUCCUUUUUUCAAUGUUUGUUCAGUAAUUAUACCAAAAUGAAAAGAACGAGAAAAAAAAAAAAGUUUUCUCACUGGGAACUGAACAUCCUGUCACUGUGCAACCCCCAAUGCUGUCUCAGUCAAAGUAUAUUUUAGAAUUUAAUGGAUAGUUGAUCCUAAAUGUGACUCGUAGUCUAUAUUUUUUUGUAAUGAGGUAAUGUUAUCUUUGUCGUAUGCUCUUUGAUAUGAUAGAUUUGACAUUUCAGAACUAUUUUGUGGAAGUAGCUUACAUAUGAAAUAGUGUUGAGUCAAAAAAAAAGAGUCUAAAUCUAUACCUCGGACGUGCGCAUUAGUUGCAGGGGGGAGUUCAAAAGGUGUCGAGACUUUUUCACAAAUCUUCACACGCACUGUGGGGUGAGAUGCACAAAAGCGUGAUUAAUUAGGAUGUAAAAAAACUCGGCAUUGAUUUUCCAAAUCCUAUAGUCGCUUACCAGCAAACAGCCUUGAAUGAAAGUAACCCAACGCAGGUGAAAGGAAAUCGCCGUAGCUUUGGGGGGGAUUUCACUUUCUUGAGGAUUGGUGUUUUUAGACCGGUCUGACAGAUGAGCUGCUGCAGGGAGGCCUGACACGGCCCCGGGGCACAAAUGCACGGCUCAGGUUCGUUGGACUUUCCCGACUGCUCUUCACAAGGCUCACGGUGGGUCGCCGAAGAGGCCAAACGCAGGGCUCCUGUAGUGGAGGGGAGGAUCCUUUCUUCUAACUCCGCUCUUUAGCUCCUCUGUGACACCAGAGAGUCGGCAGACAACUCGCAAUUGUUCUCCUCUGAUUAGGGUCUAAUUGAUUUGCCACUGAAAUGAAUUGGACUUUUUUUUCUUUUUUGGACUCAAAUAUUUGUUUUUAUGACUCAUUUGAAGAUGGUGAUAAUUACAAUGAUGAUCAUAUCUUUAUUUAAAGAGCACUUCUCAAAACAAGGUUCUUCGCAAGUAAAAAACACAUAAGAACACAUUCAAACAGUCAAAUAUUUUUUGCAGAUGGCUAACCAUGAAAAUAAUAAAACAAUGAGCUUCUCGGAGCUAAUGAGCUUAUUCAAUUUGUUUUUAAGAUUCAUUGUGAAUAAAAAAUAGUAGUCAAAUUACUACUACAUUUAUUUAUUUUAAAUAUAAAUGCAACAUGCAUGUUGACUUGACAAGAACAGCCCAGCUAAAGCUAAACAGAAGUUAUUUUUUUCUAUGUAUUAGGGUUAUGACGAAUACAUCGAUUUAUCGAUUUAUUGAGACGGUUCAAAUUAACAGUGGAUUUGUGAGAAGACUCACCAGGUUUCCUCCUGGUAAAAGGAACUGAAUUCAGAAUGGUUCAUAUUCUUAUGGGUUAACACCAGGAGACCCUGGUGCCUGAACGUUGAACGUGAAAAAAUGCAUAAUGACAUCCCCGGAUAUAACACAGUGUGUCCAGUGUGACUUCCCUUUCUUGUGGUAGAUCUUCAAAAGCAGUUAUGAGGAGAACCCCAGCUAAUUGCGGCCGAUGAGCUCAUGAGUUCAGAGAGUUCCAGAAAGCCUUUGGUAAUAUCACAUCGCGGAGUCGGUGUCUCAGUGUGUGGGGCUUGAUCUCUGGAGGUGAAGAGAAAAAGGAAAAGCAUAAGGAACCUGUGCGUGAUUGGAGUGGGUGAGGCUGCAGCAGCUCUCAUUGGGCGGGCGGGCGUAAUUCCAGCCCGGCUCUCAGCAGUCCUCCGAAAGCCACAACCGGCAAUCAGUUGAGGGCAGUUGAAACAUAUGACUGAACGACUCAAAAAGGAAACAUAACUUCUAGCUUGAUAAUGGAGUACCCCCAGACGGUUACUCUCAUAGUAGCGGUGACUCGGCACAACUAAUGAGAUCGUAGCAAGACGUGCAAAGGGCUUGUUUCCUAGAGAGAGGUUUUUUGUUUUUUUUAUUAAACCAGGACAAAUGCUUACAUCUGGGAAAAAAUGAUUUUGAUUCUGAAACAUCUUGAAUUAAUAUCAAACAUCGGAUUAUUCCUUGUUGCAAACUCCCAAAUUCCCCUGUCUCAAAUUUUUAUCCCACUUUUGAAAGCAGAGGUUGGAUCUCAGUGUUUGGCCCCUCUCUUCCUGCAGGAGCAUUAAUCGUCCCCGGGGAAUUCAGCUCAGUCAAUAGACGGGUUAAAUGCGGGAUUAUUCCGAGCCCUUUCAGUGUGUUGAAAGCCGUCUAUCUGGUUUGAACGUGGAACGCCAGGCUUAAGUCCUUGUCUGGGAAACCGGCCCUUGCUGUUGAAAAUGUAGCUCAGAGUUUACAAUCUGUAAACGUGCCGUCGAGAUCGAGGGAGUGCGAGGUUGGGAAGACCAUUUUCCCGCCAGCAUUCACGAAAAGAAGAAAGAGCAAUCGAGGGAGCUGUUAGUGAAAAACACCUUUACAGACAAAAAUGACAGGAUCAUAAAAGUAGUUUCUGGAUGUGUAGAGACAGAAUCACUGAUAAAACACUGUAGCAGAGUACAUAGAACUUAUGGCACCGAAAUAUUCACACCGACAGCAUUUUGAUAGUGACGUAUCUUUACAGUAGCUGCUUGUGUCGUGCCUUGUCGUUACCCUGUGGAGUUGUGAGGAUGAAGCACGCAAAAAAAACGACAACAAAAAAACAACAACAACAACACAUAUCUAUGCCUGGAGAGUGUGCUGCGUUACGGGGAUCGUUCAGGUUUUUCAAGAGGCCCGAGAAAUCCUUUCAGUCCACCUGAACAGCACUUGCCUUUAUGCUUUUAAUAUCAUCCAUGUUAACAAAAAUAGUAUCUAUAUCUAAAUGGUUUAUUGGUCCACGGACUGAAAUGGUCUUCAUUAUCAGUGUUGUGAUUAUAUUUUACACGCAUUACUGGCCAGAUGCUUACAACCACUUCACCGUUAUGUAGUCAAAUUGAGCUCAUGUUAUAUAAUAAAAAAAAAACAAUCUUAGCGUCACAUCUUUCUAUCAAUGUUAAUGUUUAACAUGGACACUUUUAAAUGAAAAACAAUCUUUUUCCACCCCAGAUUCUUUAUGUAAGCAAACACACUUUUACACACACACACACACACACACACUUUUACACACACACACACACACUUUUACACACACACACACACACACGCGCACACACGCACGCACAGCCAACACAAUGGUCUGUGUUCAGUCACAGUAUUGCAGACGUCCCUAUGUUUACAGGAGAUCUGGUCAGUAUUUGGUUUAGUAGAUUUAUUUCUUUUUGUGAUUUCUUUUUUUUUUCUAAAUUCAAAGGAAAGUAUUUCAGUCUGAAAAAUGUUCAGUGUCACAGUAUUAUCUUAGUAUCCAUGUCCUUAAAAGUGUAUCUCAUAAAGUGGCCAUAAUGAGAGGUCGAAGGGCCAAAGGCCUCAUUGUCUUUUUUUGGAGGGGGUUAAAAAGACACCAGACUGUGAACUUACAGAAUCUCAGUGUUGACGCGGACAUGUUCAAUAUGAGGUGUUAAUAUAGAAGUAUUGUUAAUGAGUAUAUGGUUUGUGGUUCUCCAGCCAAAUUUAAAGGCAACAGCUGGCGAAACGUAACUUCAAACCUUCGGUUUGUGACUGUAAAAGUGAAUAAUUUGCGUCUUUGAAUUGUAAAUGCCUGUGUUGCUGUUUAUUGGAUUGUACCUUCGGGAGAUGUCUAUGACCUUGAAUAAAGAUUGUAUGUAAAUUUGAA